UUCCUCGGAGUGACACUUCUUCACACAUACUGUAGACAGUACACUUCAGACCAAACACUGACAUGGAUUACGGUUACAGAAUACAUUUCAAAAAACAGUCACUGACCGUUUUUUGAGGCACUGUCGUUCUGCAGACAAUUUAAAGAUUGUACCACCCAAAGUCUCAACUGGCUGCGGAAGAGAAUGAGUUCAUUACUGCAUAGACGGGCGAGUAAUCUGGUUGGAUUUUGGAAGUGGAAGAAGAGAGCAGAUGUUUGUCUCUGCUCAUGCACACAAUUUAACUACAGGAAUGUUGUCUCUACUACACCAGAACCAGAUCAGAUUGAGAUUCACAAGAGAAAGAUGCUUCUAUGGUUCAGCCAUCUACCACAGGAGGAAAAGCAGUUUGGGGGUUACUUCAGCCCAGAGACAAUGCAUGUAGAUCCACUGAUCCUGGAGAAGCAUCCUGAGGAGAGAGCAGGACUCCUCGGCUCCCCACUCAAAAUCCAGGCUUCCUCCGGCAACUCUGUGGUUGUAGAGCAGCUCUUUGAGUUCAAUGGAGACCAGAGCGAGAACAGAGGAAUCAAUGUGCUGUUGUAUGGUGCUGUGGGUACAGGAAAAAGCACAAUUGUCCGAAAGCUUGUGCUAGAUUGGUGCGCUGGGACCACACUGACGCACUUCAAGCUGCUGAUUCCGUUCUCCUGUGAGGAUCUUGGUGAACUUACAAAGGCUGCAUCAUUGAGAGACCUGGUGACUAGGAAGUACCUCCAUUUGAAAAAACACCCUUUGCUCAGUGGGGAGGGAAAUCAGGCUAAGGAUGUUCUCUUCCUUUUUAAUGGGAUGGAAAAGAUGAAACUUGACUUCCGGAUUGGAUCCACAGAGCUAUGCAGUGACCCAAAUGAGGCUCUGUCUGCAAGUGCAGUUGUGGUCAACCUUCUCCGCAAGUACCUGCUCCCCGAGGCAAAUAUCCUGGUGACCACCAGGCUGUCUGCCUUGGACCGCAUCCCUCCAAAAUAUGUUAAUCGCUAUGCACAGAUUUGUGGUUUCAAUGACCCAAACCGCCAGCGUGCCUACUUCACCAGCCGCCUGCUGCAGCAAAGUGGGGAAUCCGCAAAAACACUUGAAGCUCAGGCUCUUGUAGAGCUGCUUUAUCUUAACCUUCAGAGGGAGAGCCAGUUGGCUGCAGCCUGUUUUCUGCCCUCCUACUGCUGGCUCACGUGUGCCACUUUACACUUCUUGCAUUUCACGGACGCAGCAGCACCAAUUCGCACUCUGACUGGCAUAUACACCAGUUUCCUUAGGCUCAACUUUGGAGGAGAAGUACUGGGCAAAACAACAGGGACAGUCGGGCCGAAUCAGGAUCAACAAAAUUCCUUGAUGUUGUAUGUUGUCCGGACAGUUGGCAAACUUGCCUAUGACGGUGUAACAUACAAACGCACUUCAUUCUCAGAAAAGGAGCUGGAGCAAUGGAUAGGAGGAAAGACCAAAACGGACGAGGAGUUACGUCAGCUGGCUGUGUUCAGAACUGACGUGCUUGACUUCUUCCUGGCUCCCUGUGUUGAAAGUUGCAAGCAUUUACCAGCAGAGCUUAGUGAACAAGAUGAGAGGCGAUACGUGUUUGCUGUUCCCGCCAUGCAAGAAUACCUGGCAGCACUCUAUGUGGUUCUAGGGGAGAAUAAAUCUGCUCUGGAGAAGCUGACCAAGCAGGUGUCUGUGGCAAUUGGUCAGGCAACUGAGGAUGUCAGUGCCAUUGUGAAUAUAUUUUCCAAGUUCAUCCCUCUCAGAAUAUUUGCAGUCUUUAAUCUACUUAAGCUUUUUCCAAAACUUUAUGAGAAAAUCAAAACAAAAAACAAGAGCAACAUUGCGAGGACAAUGGCCGCUGAGAUGUUCCGCAAGGAGGAUAGCCACAAUGAAGAUGUUCUUGAUCAAGUGGAGCAAAGCCUCCUGGGAGUACAUGGCCCACCUUCACAACAGCAGAGUGAGGCUCAGCCAUUUGAGCUCUACCCAAUCUUUAUGGGUGGACUGUUACAUUAUGGUAACCGGGUCCUUCUUCAGCAAAUUGGAUGUCACAUUAAGAGUUCCACUGUGGCUCAGAUUACACAAGCUCUUCGGAAUUACCUUGUCAGAGAAAUCAACAAACCACAGCCACCAGAGGAGUUGAUGGAUCUGUUGGUCCUACUGUAUGAAUUUCAAAAUCCCAGACUGACUGCAGAGGUCCUGGCUUCAAUCAGAACCAUUUGCCUCAACAAUAUACGCAUGACCUCACUCAAAUGCUUUGUGUUGGGUUCUGUGCUCUCGUGUGCCCCUUCAAGUUAUCAACUGGAAGAGUUGGAUCUCUCCUCCUGUCUCCUAACUAAGGAUAUGCUCAAAAUGUUGUGGCCUGCCUUUAAACAUACCAGAAACCUCAAGUAAGACAUACACCCUUUAUUUUACUUUUUUGUUGUUUGCGGUGAAGGUCUUGAUUUAGCUGGUUGAGAAGUAUUUGUGCAUGCACACUAACGAGGUGCAUGAUAAGCAGAAUUAUGAUUCAUUAAAAAAAGGGGAACAUCCAUAGACAAAAACAUGGUGUCGAUUGUAAGGGCCUGGUUCAUUGCUAUUUGCGCCAAAUGUUUUGCAAACAUUCCUUGAGGAGGGAAAAAAAACACCCAUCUUUAA